AUGCCCUAUCCCAAUGGCAUCCCCGGUGUCCCUGGCCCGGGCCCACAGCACCAGCAGCAACUUCAAGAUCCUUCCAGCCUCAAGUUGACUAGAGGUACCAGCUGCGUUCUCUGCCAACAACGCAAAGUUCGUUGCGACAAGAAUAAGCCAUGCGCCAACUGUAUCAAAGCAAAGGUCGAGUGCCGGGUUAUACCUCCCCAGCCUCCUCGUCGUCGGAAGAAGCGCCUCCAAGAAAAGGACCUUAUCGAGCGUCUCAAGAAAUAUGAAAAUCUCUUGGCCGAGCAUGGAGUCAAGGUUGAUGCUAUUGGUCAUGAGUUAAGGCCUGAUGGCCCCCCAGGCGAGGAUGUUGAUGAGCUUGAAAACGAUUUUGAAGGCCUCAAGACGACCCCUGAAGCUAGUUCAUCCCCUGCUCCGUCCAACGCAGAGCACAAGUACGCACCCUACACAUCACAUCUAUACACGCAUUUUGAAUUCGAGCACAUGCUCCAAGAUUCGUCCGAUGAAGAACCUGAAGUUGGAUCCACCAUUCAUCGUGCCUUUGAUCGCAUGUUUGCAACUAACGGGUUUCCUUUCAUCAUAGGGAGUGCCCCUGUCCCUAUCUCUAACCUCCAUCCUUCCACUAUACACAUUUUCCAACUCUGGCAAAUAUAUAUCGACAACAUUAACCCGUUGCUCAAAAUCACACAUGUUCCCACUGUUCAAGGGCAGAUCAUCGAGGCGAGUUCUGAUGUCGAAAAUGCACCCAAGAACAUCGAAGCCCUCAUGUUUGCCAUGUAUCUCAUGGCAAUCACGUCCCUUGAGGAAGCCGAAGUUUACAGGAGAUUCAACGAAACGAAAAAAGAACUAUUAGCGAGAUACCAUGCUGGUACCCAGCAAGCACUUACAGAAGCUGGUUUUAUGAGAGUCAAUGAUCCUAUUCUGUUACAGGCAUAUAUCCUCUACCUAUUUGCUGUCCGAUGGUUCGUUGAUCCUCGUCAAGUCUUCUGUUUGAUCGGGUUAGCUGUUCGCAUUGCUCAGCGGAUGGGUCUCCAUCGAGAUCCAGCACAGUUUGGUCUACCACCAUUUGAAGUUGAGCAGCGCCGUCGACUAUGGUGGACACUUGUGGGAUAUGACCGACGGUUGGGAGAAAUGGCCGGAUCAACCGUUACCGCCCUCUCUACCGGCGGUGAUUGCAAGAUACCAAUGAAUGUCAACGACUCAGACUUGCAUGUCGAUGGCAAAGAAUUCCCCACUCCUCACACCGGACCAACUGAAAUGCUUUUCUCUCUAACAAGGGUUGAACUCGCAAUGGCUGUCUCGAGCGAUAGCAAUCGCGACAGCUUCAAGAUGAACAACACGGAUAAGAGUCCUGCGGGGGCAACUGCGAACAAGAACCAGGCGAUAAUCCGGCUUGCUGGCCAAGACGGUCCUGAGUAUACUCUCGACGGGUACUGCGCACAUAUUGAGGGUACAUACCUCAGCCAAUGUGACCCCAAAAUUCCCCUGCACUUCUUUACUCUUACAAUGACUCGCCAAGCCUUGUGUAAGAUGCGCAUCAUUAGCUUUCUUGUUCGAAUGCACAGCAACUCCGAUAAUGUUCCACUUAAGGAGGUUGAGAGGGACAGUCUUUUCCUUCAAGCUACACAGAUGAUCGAGUACGAUAACAUUGUUCAGUCCUCCGAGUCACUGCGUCCAUUCAAGUGGUACUCUAUGCAUCACUUCCCCUUCCCUGCAUACAUGUUCCUUGUUCAACAGCUGCGGCAUCGCGUUUCUGGUCCCAUGGUAGAACGUGCGUGGGACGCUAUCGAGAAGAACCACGAUCUACGUGGUCUCAUGAAUAAUUACCAUAACCCUAUGCACAUGGCAUUCGGUGGCCACUUUGUUAAAGCUUGGGAUGCCCAUGAAGCAUCCCUUCUUGCUGCCGGUCGACAGCCGCGGAGACCAGCAUUUCUCGCUCCUCUGCGUGAACGUGUCGCAGCGCGUCGUCGGGAAAAGCAGGAGAGACGACAAGCUCCUAAUUUUUCUCAACCUCAAAUCGGCAUCCCACAAGUUGCAACGCCUUCUUCUUCGGGCUUUGCCCCAUCUGUUGGACAAAUGACCCCUGGAACCACCCACAACGGCCAGCGAGCAGAUUCAGGCUCUGUUGCCUCAAGCGACGAGCCCGGAGAGAUGGAUUGGACAUUUAUGAUGUCAGGAUACAAUGAUACCGCCAGUUUUACCCCAAUGGGUGGAUUUGGAAGCUUCAGUGGUGGCUUGGGUGGAGGAAUGCCUGGUAUGCCGCCCGGUAUGGGAGGCAUGGGACACGGCCCUCCCGCUCCUGGUGGCAACACGUUUGGAAAUUAA